AUGCAUUAUGUUGAUCUCUUCAAGAACCUGCAGGCGGAUGGCCCCAACAGCGCUGAGUCCAACCAGUCAUUGGGUCUGUUGGCACAAGGCGCUUCACCUCUCUCCGCAUUGGUCGGCCAGCCUGGUCUGAUGGCGCCUCCAAUCUGCCAAUUCUCGAGAGACUUUGCUCCUGCCGGCAGUUGGUACAGCAGUUCGGAUUUUGCCCCAUUUCACGCUCCCAGUGCAACCGUUCACAGUCCAGACCUGGUUCUGAUGGCUGCCGGUUCACCGCGACCGGAGCUAAUGCUCACAGCGGACGGCGUGAACAAGAAGCUGACAGAAUCUGGUCACCAACGAUGGUGGAGAAAAAUAAAAAAUCACGACAUAAAACCACAAAACCAGACAUCCACGAAAAUGGUCGAA